UCUCUGCGCCCGAUCGCAAAUGCAUUUCUGUUCUUGACGGGAGAAGGCGCAGUCAACUGCCACUUACUAAGGUAUUGUUGCGCGACAGUUCGGGGCUAGCAAAGCCUUCGACAGCGACAGGAAAGUCUUAAGGUUAUGAAAUUUCAUCCCUCCCGGGCAUUAAGCGCCGCAUGUACCCUGAGUAAAAGAUGCACCCUGUUUUCUGAUCUCGCAAUCCUGGGGAGAACUCAUGCUGCUAGUACACGCUAUCGAAUUGGAUUUGUGGGAUUUGUGUCUUCGGCCCUGACGAGGAGGUCGAGCAGCCAAAGUGAUAAAUUGAGGCUCCCGUCAUCAAUCAGCCGUGACAUCCGAGGGCUCCGUGUAAGGCAAAAAGUGAGGAUAGUCCAUCGACGUUGACACCACUGUAGAGGAUCUGCAAACCUGCCUCAGAUCAUUAUGACCCGCCUCAUGAGAUGCAUUGUGCCGGUUCAAAGGAAGUUGAACCGCGAG